AUCCCGGGCCGUCACCGUCAGCUGGUUCAGUGCUGCGCAUGGAAGCGUCUUCAGAGACUAGAGCUUUAUGGCAUCGGAUAGACAUUUAAGUGCAUAACGCUUACUGUAAACAGACCAACCCUUCUGGACCCCAGAUCUGUGCGUUCAGCGCGCAGCACUGACGUCUGGAUCAGGAAGCGCAGCAUUUCCCAAAAAAGUGAAAGCUUGCUCAACAGAUUCCAGAAACAUGGCAUCUGGUUCAUCGAUGAUGAACGGGGACAUCAGUCACCCACGCGGGUCUGGCCCGGGGAAUCUGGGCACUUUAGAAGAGACCCUCCAGCAAAUGAACACUCUUAUCAAAGAGAACAGAGAACUGAAGGAAGCCCUGAAACAAAGCAACUUGUCCAUGAAGGAGAGAUUUGAGGGUCUGUCAGCAUGGAAGGAGAAGCAAAAGGAGGAGAGAGACUUCCUGGAGCAACGAUUAGAGGAUGCCAAAUCCAGACUGAAUGCUAUGGAUGUGGAGAACGAGGCGCUGAAGAAACCAGUGGAAGAGCUGGAAAAAAGUGGAGCUCAGUGUUUACACACCGAACUGGAGGCGCUGAGGGGUCAGAUUGCUCGUCUUCAGGCUGAGAAGAAUGACCUGGUAGCGUUGAACUCUGAACUCCAGCUCAAAAUAGGUCAAGGUUCACCUCGAGGCUCCUUCAUUGAGAUUAGAAUAGCUGAAGAUGAGUUAAAAGUGACCAGAGAUUUGCCCAAUAUGCCAAAGGACCCAUGUGCUUUCAGCAUGCCAAAGGCUGAGUCGGAGGAACAGACGGUGAGGCAGCUGCUUCACUCCCUCAGAGCAGAGACUGAUGAGAAGGAGAGACUGCAGCUAGCGCUUCACGAGGCACGUGGGAGAAUUGCCGAGUUUGAGAACAGACUGGAACACGCUGACAGCAGCGCACAGACAUCUCUCCCCUGUACAACCGAAAUCAAUUCAAGCGCUGAGGUGAAGAAUCUGGAGGAUCAGUUGUUGAAGCUCUGUAAUGAAUUGAAACAGGCUCAGGUCAAACUGGACGAGGCUGAGAACAUGAAAAGAAACUUGCAGGACAGGUGUAAAGAUCUGGGGCAGGAUCUAGGUACUCUGAAAACUCAGCUCGGAGAGAAACAGAAGGUUCAGGCUGAGAACGACUCUCUGAGGGUUCAGAUGGAAAGCCUUCAGGCUGCUGUUAAACUGGAACAGAAGAAAACUCAGGAUGAGAAGAACAACCUGAACCAGCUGAAAGAUGCCUAUACCAAGCUGUUUGAAGACUACAAUGAGCUCCAAGAGGAAAAAAAGAAGAGAGAGAGUUGUGCAUCACGGGAAGAAUAUGAUGACCUCCAAACCAGGUUUGCUACGGCUGAAAAGGCACUGGCAGACAAACAGCAGAAGAUCGACGAGAUGAAGAUGGAAAUCUUCCAGAAGGAAAAGGAACUAGAAACCAUUUCUGUUUUCCAGGCUCAGGCAGAGAUAUAUUCCUCAGAUUUCUACGCAGAACGAGCAGCUCGGGAGAAGAUUCACGAAGAGAAAGAGCGUUUGGCCACUCAGCUGGAGUAUGUGAAGAAACAGAACACCCAACUUCAGGACGAGAUGGAGUCACUUGGCAGGCAUUCCAUGAGUGAGAUGCAAAGGAGACACGUGUCACGUGGGGCCAAUCCACAAGGGCCACCAUCUCCACAUCAAGGAGGUGAUUGGCAGCAGCAGAAUAUUCCAGAACACGCUUGUCCCAAAUGUGGGGAAGUCCUACCUGAUCUGGACUCCCUGCAGAUCCACAUCAUGGAUUGCAUCAUCUGAGCUUGUUGCCUAGUAACCAUACCAGAUCCCCCCAUAUGUGAACUAGCGGUUCGAUAGCUUUACCUUCAAGCAGCCUGAAACAUAAUGCUUCAAUAACACAGGUCUAUAAACCCUGUACAUUAUCAGUGUGGUUGGUUGAUUGGUUACAGUUUAAUGGAUGCUAAUGUUUUUCUUACUUUUGCUUGUUGGAUCUGUUAUCUGUUAAAGCACUUUAUUCUGUUCGAUAAGCAAGGUUGUUAGUAAGUUAGAUUUGGGGCAAGUUUCUCUAAAUAUAUAUGUAUGUUAAACCUGCCUAAAUCUAAUAAAUACUUUUCUGAAGUUCAUAUUGUUAUCGAAACAUGGGCUUUAUUAUUAAUGUGCUCCCUUGAGGUUAUGGGUAAAUAACCAUAAAGCAUGUCACAUUAAUCU